AUCUCCUCCUCUCCCCGCCCACCUUUGCUCCAGGAAGCACCCUGUUGCCUGACGAGCUCCGGCUGAGCCCGCUCUCCCCGGGGCCGGGCGCGUCCCCCGCGUACAGAACAAGGGGACACCCGCGCGCGCGCGCUCGCGCUCGCGCUUCCUCCCCGGGUAGAACGCCGCGCGCUACCGCGCCAGCCCCGCGCGGGAAGCGCGCCCCCGCUGUCUUGCAGUUUGCAGGCCCCGCUUGCAAAGUGGCGACAUGGCGCUCGUGCCCUGCCAGGUGCUGAGAGUCGCCAUCCUCCUCUCCUACUUCUCCAUCCUGUGCGCUUACAACGCCAUUGACAUGCCAGCGCAUCAGACCUAUGGAGGGAGCUGGAAAUUUCUGACAUUCAUAGACCUGCUAAUAAAGCUUUUGUUGGUUUACUGUUGAAUUGGCUACCAGCAUUGUCUUUGGAGUGAGAUCCAGAGUACCAGCUGAUCUGG